AUGUCUGAUCAAAUCGCUCCUUUAAAUAAAUACAUCGAAUUGAGAAGUAAUUACAAAAAUUACAUCGACUCAUAUAAUGCGUUGUAUCAGCUCAAAGCACAAAAUGAAGAAGAAAUAAAGGAGAUUUACGAAAUGAUCAAAAGAGAAUUGAUUGAUUCAAAUAAACAUAUUCCCCAAAAUAUCAUAAAUGAUAUUUUAAGUAUCAUCCCAUAUAACAAUCGCUAUACAAAAUCAUAUUUGAAGCUUAUCAAACUCAUAUCAGAUGAUUAUUAUGGAAAAGAUGUUAAAAGUAUUCCACUUACUUCCAGCUUUUAUUUUUAUAAUAAGAAGGGAAAUGAUUUAGACCGUAGUAUUGAUUUCCCAGUGAUUAAUUACGAAUAUCAAGAAAUUCUUACAAAAAAUACCAUCUACAGAGCAAUUAUGUAUGAUGAUAAAGAAAGUUUUAUCUUUUUCACGGAAAGAGAAGGAUUUGAUGAAAAUAAAAAACUUAAAAGCAAAUUAUACCCAUUUAUUUUCGAAGAAUUUUCAUUACUCGAAAUAUGCUGUUAUUAUGGAGCGGUUAAUUGUUUUAAGUUAUUAAGAACGAAUUUUAACUCAGAAAUAACAGAAUUUUGUCUAAAAUUUUCAUUUUUAAGAGGAAACAAAGAGAUCAUUAGUGAAUGUUUGAAAUAUCAGAAGCCAGUACAACACAGCAUGCUUUUUGCAAUUAUUUCGCACAACAUUGAUUUUGUUACAUUCUUGAUGAAUGAAUACAAAUUUCAGAUUGAUCUAUUUCAAUGUGGAUAUUUUAAAAAUCUUGAAGCAUUUUUAGUUUAUUUCGAUCAAACUAAUGAUAUUAACAAAUGCUUUAUUCGUUCAGCAAUGUUUGAUAUUCCAUCACUUUGUGACUAUUUCCUUUCACUUGGAACAAAUAUCAAUGCACGUAAUUCUGAUGGAGAAACUGCCCUUUAUUUUGCAGUGAGCUAUAAUUGUGGAGCAACAACAGAAUUUCUUCUUUCCCAUGGCGCAGAUAUUAAUAAAAUGCCGAAUAAUGAAGAAACAGCUCUUUUCAUAGCAGCAAAAAAUUGUAAAAAUUCAGCUGAGGUACUUCUUUCCCAUGGUGCAAAUAUCGAUGAAACAAAUGAAAAAGGAAUGACAGCAUUUUGUAUAGCUGUAUAUAAAAAUAAUAAAGAGAUGGUAGAUCUCCUACUUUCAUACGGUGCAAAUCCAAAUGAAAGAAAUAAUAAUGGAGAAAUCGCUCUAACUCUUGCAGCAAAAAAUAAUAAUAAAGAAAUGGUCGAGCUUCUACUUUCUCAUGGUGCAAACAUAAAUGAAAAAAAUUAUGAUGAAAGAACUGCUCUUCAUAUUGCAGCAUAUCAUGAUAAUAUAGAAAUGGUUGAGCUUCUUCUUUCUCAUGGUGUAAAUAUCAAUGAAGAAGAUAAAAAUGCAGAAACUGCUUAUGAAAUUGCAGCAAAUUGUUAUUAUAAAGAAAUAGCUGAACUUCUUCUUACUCAUGAGGUGAGUGCUUGA